ACAAAUUUCGUGUUGCAGCAGUAGUACCUCGUGGCAACCAAACCCACAUAAAUAACUUAAAUUUGCAUCUGCAAAUAUAAUAAUUCCAUAGGUCGUUACUUCUAAAACCUCAAUUGAAGUUACUUGCUACAAUAAGAUGGAGCAAGCAAAUACAAACGGUGAAAUUGUGACCCAAUCGGAACCUGCAAACGGCGAGGUGUCUGCUGCUGGUCCACCAAAAACUGCCAAGCAAUUGGAAAAAGAGGCUAAAAAGGCCGAAAAGUUGGCCAAAUUACAAGCAAAGUUGGACAAAAAAGCGGCUGCACCCGCACCAACGGAGAAAAAAGAAAAACCAGAGAAAAAAGUUAAGGAGACCAAAGAGGUUGCUAUAUAUACCGCAAAUACUGCACCUGGCGAGAAGAAGGAUAUUACAGGCGCACUACCAGACGCUUACAGUCCACGUUAUGUUGAAGCGCAGUGGUAUAGUUGGUGGGAAAAGGAAGGAUUUUUCACACCGGAAUAUGGCCGCACCAGUAUAUCCGAACCGAAUCCCAAAGGCAAAUUUGUUAUGGUAAUUCCACCACCCAAUGUGACUGGUUCACUACACUUGGGUCAUGCUUUAACUAAUGCUAUUGAGGAUGCCAUUACGCGUUACCAUCGUAUGAAGGGCUUUACUACACUGUGGGUGCCAGGCUGUGAUCACGCGGGCAUUGCCACACAAGUGGUGGUUGAAAAGAAACUUUGGCGCGAGGAGAAGCUGACGCGACACGAUUUGGGACGUGAAAAGUUCAUUGAAAAAAUAUGGGAUUGGCGUCGAGAAAAAGGUGUGCGUAUCUACGAUCAACUUAAGUGUUUGGGUUCGUCUUAUGAUUGGACGCGUGUGGCAUUUACCAUGGAUCCAAAAUUAUGUAAGGCUGUUACUGAGGCUUUCGUGCGCCUGCAUGAAGAUGGCAGUAUAUACCGUAGUGCACGUCUUGUUAACUGGUCUUGCGCGCUGCGUUCAGCUAUAUCAGACAUUGAAGUCGACAAAAUUGACAUACCCGGCAGAACAUUUUUCUCCAUACCCGGUUAUGAUGAGAAGGUUGAAUUUGGUGUUCUAAUAAAGUUUGCCUAUAAAAUCGAGAAUUCCGAUGAAGAAGUUGUGGUGGCCACUACGCGUAUUGAAACCAUGUUGGGUGAUACUGCUGUGGCUGUACAUCCGCAAGAUGAACGCUACAAGCAUUUGCAUGGCAAAUUCGUGCAACAUCCAUUCUGCGAUCGUCGUAUACCAAUCGUUUUGGAUGACUUUGUUGAUAUGAAUUUUGGUACGGGCGCCGUGAAAAUUACACCUGCUCACGAUCCUAACGAUUAUGAAGUGGGCAAACGCUGUAAUUUACCAUUCAUCACAAUUUUCAAUGACGAUGGCUACAUUAUCGGCGAUUAUGGCGAAUUCAAGGGUAUGAAACGUUUCGAUUGUCGCAAGCGCAUCCUGGAAAAACUGAAAGAACUGGGUCUUUAUCGCGAGACAGUCAACAAUCCUAUGGUCGUGCCGUUCUGCAGUCGCUCCAAAGACGUAGUGGAACCCAUGAUUAAACCGCAAUGGUAUGUGAAAUGCGAUCAGUUGGCCGCUGACGCAACUGAAGCCGUGCGCAAGGGCGACUUGAAAAUCAUACCGGAACAUCACACCAAAAUCUGGUAUCACUGGAUGGAGGGCAUACGCGAUUGGUGUGUCUCGCGCCAGUUGUGGUGGGGUCAUCGUAUACCGGCCUACCAUGUGAGCUUCAAUGAUGACAGCAUUAAAGCCGGCACGCUUACUAAUACGGAUGAGCGGGCCGACGACGAGGCUUACUGGAUCGUUGCUCGUACCGAGCAAGAAGCUCUUAAAAAAGCCGCUGAAAGAUUCAAUGUGGAUUCCAGCAAAAUCGUCUUACACCAGGAUGAAGAUGUGCUUGACACGUGGUUCAGUUCCGGUCUGUUCCCCUUCUCGGUCUUCGGUUGGCCUGACAAUACGGCAGACUUGCAAGCCUUUUAUCCAACAACUCUGCUAGAGACCGGGCAUGAUAUUCUCUUCUUCUGGGUAGCGCGCAUGGUAUUCUUUGGGCAAAAACUGCUCGGCAAAUUGCCAUUCAAGGAAGUGUAUUUGCAUCCCAUGGUGCGUGAUGCACAUGGUCGCAAAAUGUCCAAAUCCUUGGGUAACGUCAUCGAUCCCAUGGAUGUGAUUAGAGGCAUAUCACUUGAGGACUUACAUAAGCUGUUGUACGAUUCCAAUUUGGAUCCACGUGAAAUUGAAAAAGCUAAAGCUGGCCAAAAGCAAGAUUUCCCCAAUGGCAUUCCGGAAUGUGGCUCUGAUGCGCUACGUUUUGCACUCUGCGCUUAUAUUACUCAAGCUCGUGAUAUUAAUCUGGAUAUUAAUCGUGUGCAAGGCUACCGUUUCUUCUGUAACAAAUUGUGGAAUGCAACGAAAUUCGCCUUGAUGUACUUCACCGGCGAGGAGCGCUAUACAUCGGAUUUGCCGCUCAGUGGCAAUGAAAACAAUAUGGAUUUGUGGGUGUUAUCACGUCUGGCCACAGCUAUCGAGACAUGCAACACUGGUUUUGCGCAGUAUGAUUUCGCAGCUGCGACCAGCGCUUGCUACAGCUUUUGGUUGUACGACUUGUGUGAUGUGUAUCUAGAGUGCGUGAAGCCGAUAUUCCAAAAUGGCAGUGAGGCACAGAAAGCAGCUGCGCGCCGCACGCUAUUCGUGUGUUUAGAUUUGGGUUUGCGCAUACUAUCGCCAUUCAUGCCAUUCAUUACCGAGGAAUUAUUCCAGCGCCUACCACGCGCCGACACGACACCCAGCAUUUCCGUGGCCGCUUAUCCAGAAAAUGUUACUUGGCACGAUGAGAAGGUGGAGAAAGAUGUCGAGUUUAUGCAGAAAGCAGCGCGUAUCAUACGUUCAGCACGUUCCGAUUACAAUCUUCCCAAUAAAGUGAAGACCGAGGCGUACAUUGUUUGCACCGAUGAACAGCCUAAUGCGAUACUCAAAAAAUAUGCCAGCGAUUUGACCACAAUUGCCUACUGUUCUAAAAUCGAAUUUGACACUCAACCGCCAGCGGGUUGCGCCAUACUCACUGUGAGUGCGCAAUGUGAAGUGCAUUUGUUGCUCAAGGGUCUCAUCGAAUCGGAGAAGGAAAUUACGAAGUUGCAAAAACGUAAGGAACAGUUAGACCAAACUGUGCAAAAAUUGAAGCAAGCUAUGCAGGCUGCUGAUUAUGCAACUAAAGUGCCGGCUGAAGUGCAAACGUCCAACACGGAGAAACUGCAACAGUCGGAGGGUGAAGUGCAACGCAUCAUUGCCGCAAUUGAGACACUGAAAUUAAUGUAAAUCGCAGUUAGAUAGCCUCUGCACAUAAUUACGACUUUAGCACUAUGCAUUUAUGCCUCCCGCCUAGUUUUAACUUCAUCUUUAUUUCCUACAUAUUUUCUGUUUUAUUUAUUUUGUGUAAAAGCUUUUUGGCAUAAAAUUGCAAGCUCAGUUAAGAAGAUAAAUUUCGUAUGGUGCUUUCAAUGAAUGAUAUUUUUAGCGCAAUUGUUAUUAAACAAUGUUGACUUUAUUAAAAACUUAACUUACUACAGAAA